AUGCGGUCCUUGACGCUCAUUUCUCAUCAGAUUCGCUCCAGAUGCACCACAAGGGCCUCACCGCGUCUGCCCUCUCGCGCCCGCCUGCAUACGCCAGGCAGGCUUGUCUCAGAAACACCCACGCCCGCCGCGGCCGCCAGCCCGUUGAAUUCGAGAUGGCUGUCGGAUCUACAGGCACGGAUCCGACGGAUUGCUUCGGUUGAGUCUCGCUCGGGGAAGCAUGAGGAGGCGAGGCAGCUGCUGCGGCUCACGGAGACGCAGUGGCUCGGUUUUCUCGCGGGGCGCGAUGGCUUCCUGACGGGUGAGGGGUGGAGGGGUCUUGACCGGCAUCAGGUGAAUUGGGGUGACAUGGAUUCAAUGCCUAUGGCGUACCCCGACCAAGUCACCGUGGUCUACAAGCUCGCCGAGAGGCCGACUUAUGCGUCCGACCACCUCAAACUCGACGCCCUGCUUCUUUCUGAACAGCACCGCCGGGUCGCGGCGCGGUGCAUCGAAGAGGUCACCAUCUAUGACUACAGGGCUGCCAAGAAGGCCGUGCUGCCGCCGCACAUGGUGGACCGGCUUGCUGAGACGUAUGAGCUGCAGGAGGAGGCGAGGAGAGAGUUUGACGAGAGGGCGAACGGCGUAUUCAAGGCCAUACAGGAGAUUGAGGCAAAAGAAUAG